CUUUUCAUAAACCUGCAAGUUAAAUAUAGGAAGUUGUUUACUCCAUCUCCUUAUUGAUAUUUAAAAUGUAUAGGUCGAAACAUGUGUGUUAAAUAAAAACAAAUUAAGAUUCAAAAGUUUCAUAUUUUGUAAAAUAAUGGUUUUGCUUGAGUAUUCGAUUUACGAUAAAGAUGUUUAACUUAAUUUUAGUGAGUAUAUUUUAUCGUUGGACUAUUCGGGAUAUAAGUGCAGCCAAUCCGGUAUUGACAUCCAAUGCAACAUUUGUGACGAUCAAUGAAGUUGUACAAUUAACAUGCAAACACACGUCCGAAAAUAUUGUUGAUUGGUGGAUCAAACCCAAUAACACUAGUAGCUUUACAAACAUCCUAUCUACCGGUUUCGUUGGAGAAGCUUGUAAACAUAUUCCUGUGAAGUUACCUGAUACAUUGAUUACCUGUGAGUGCACAGCAGCAACCGCAUUCACAUGUACACUAAAAGCCAUAACGCAAGCUAAUUACGAUGACAAGUGGAAAUGUUCAAUUAGUGGCCAAAAUUCGCAAAGCGUAUUCAGCAAUGAAAUAGCAAUAACUGAAGCAGUUUCAGUGAAAUAUGUAACGUUGACACCAGCUCAGCCUCAAAUGUACGUCCUUCAGAACGUGGUAAUCAGCUAUGUCCGCUGUAUAUCAUCAGUAGGACGUCCAGCAUCAAGCAUCACUUGGUACUUGGAUAACAAAACUCCUUCUGACUACAGCGAUGAUGUGAGCCUUACUGGGUAUAGCAGCAGUUCAACAAUGGCUGAUGUGACGACAAGCAAUCUAACUUUGACGCCUACCAGUAACUAUAAUGAUGCAAGAAUCUACUGUAAUGUAUCGAACGGAUACGGACAGAUCAUGUCCAGUACGACUCUGAAAAUCAAUAUUUUGAUUUAUCCAACUAAGCCGACAAUAAUGCACAACACGGUAUUGGUACCAACAAGUGUCUCUGCAAUACAAAACAGUACUAUAACGCUAGAAUGUCAAUCCUCUGGCAAUCCGGUGCCGAGCAUUACGUGGACCUUAUUUAACGGUUCCAAAAUUAGCAGCUCGGUCAUUCCAUUUAAAGUUGCAACAAGUAACAACAAAGAACAAAUAGUUUGCAAAGCCACCAGUCUUUUGGAUCCAACGAAUGGAUCCAGGCAAUUAGCUGAAAAUACAACAGCGUUAACUGUGAAUAUUUUAUUUCCUCCUGUGGCGCCAAAGUUAACGUUUCACACGUGUGCAACGUAUUCCCAAACUAAUCGUCUUACGCUUAUCCGAAGUCAUUCCGUCUCGGGCAUAUGUACUUCUAAGAGUGAACCGGGUUCCAAGGUUUACUGGACACCUAUCAAUACUGAAAAUGGUGAUGGCUUCUUAAUCACCAACGUCAGUAGAUACCACAUUGGCAAUUACACUUGCAUAGCCAAUAAUGAAAUGAACACAACAUUUGGUGGUAUUAUCAACGGAACAAAUCAGUCCAGUUUUUAUCUAGACGUCUUAGCACCCGCAGAAGCUCUGUUCAUUGGCAAUUUUACGGUUUUAUUGAACGCAACGUUAUCAGUUACUUGCCCCUACAAGCCUGGAAACCCAGCGGAGACGAGAUUCACGUGGUUCCACGCCAAUACCUCAGCAAUUGGAACUCAUCAAAACCUGUCUUUAUCUAAUGUGCAGCUCGCAGGCGAAGGCUACUACAAAUGCAGAGUCAACAACACUAUGGACCCUACGGGAUGCACCGCCGAGGAGGGAUACGAUGAAACAACAUUUUUCGUGGAUGUGCAAUAUCCUGCUAAGAUACGUAGAUUUUCUGCCGACGGGUCAGUUUUCGCGUCUAGUGUUACUAUCAACGAAAGUCAGACUGUGACGCUACUCUGUGAAGCUGACAGCGACCCUUUAGCAACACUCGAAAUCGUAAAUUUUACAAAAAGUGAUGAGCGCUUAUUGGUGGAAGCGCACAAUAACACAAUAUUCUAUCGCGUGGUGAAUGCGCGAUGUGAAUUUGAUAUGGGAGUCUACCAAUGUAAAGGAAAGAACAUCCAUAAUGCAGUUCAACAGGUUCGAGAAAUAGAGAUCAGAAUAGCAUGUUCUCCAAGACCUUCACCAUUUACGACACCAAUUACCACAGCAUAUAGAAGAAGAAAUUCAUCAGCUAUAUUAUCGUUCACUAUCGUGGCCUAUCCUCCCCCAAAUGAUGCUUCAGUAUAUGUUUGGCGUAAGCAGGUAGAUGGUGAAUGGGUAACACUGCUCAAUAACAACAGGUUUCAAAUUCGUUUAUCAAACGACAGUCUGCAGACAAACCUCUCCAUAUCGCAACUACAAAUUGACGAUUUUACAAACUAUUCGGUCCGUGUGAACAAUCAAGUUGGAUCUACAGAGCAAACAUUUGUCAUUCGAGCAACUGAGCAGCCAUCUGUGCCACAACAACUUCUUGUCGUCGAUGCCAUGGUGACUGAAAGUUCCGUCACAGUUAAAUGGACACCUGGAUUUAAUGGGGGUGAAGACCAAUGGUUCGUGAUCGGUUACAAAAAGGCAGCAGAUGAAUUUUGGACUUAUAUAAACGUUUCUUCAACAGUUACUCAAUUGAGUAUUGGGGACUUAGUUGCGGGUACCAAGUAUGAAGUUAAAAUGUAUGCAGAGAAUAUAAUUGGCAAAUCGGAUGAGACUACUUCAUUUAGUGUGACAACAAAGUCUGUUAUUUCAGAUAACGGAUCGUCUCCAUCUGUCGGAGCUGCAGUAGAUCUAAAUCUUUGGUGCGAUACUUCGAAAUACUGGAACCAUGCAUUGAUCACAGUGAGGGCACAGUGUUUGGCAUACUUUGAUGGGGCGAUCAAUACCGUGCUGUAA